AGCGCUAUUGUUGAAAAGUCUGUGCGUCCCUGAACGCCGGCGGACCUAGGUUUCAACCUCUGACAGACAGAGCGGAGCGAGUGCGCUGCAGUGAUACACCUUUUCAUCUGAACGUCGUGCGGACGCGAACUCUGCAAGAAGAAGUUUUUGAACACUUUUGCAUAGAGGGACACGCCGACAAAGUGGAUAAAAAAGAUUGGGUAGAAGCAGCUCGAACGCAUUCCUGUGGACUUUGGAUUACUUUACCAAGUUUUAGGCCUGACGUCACCAUGCUGCCUUACUUCCUGCUCUUCUUCCUCUCAUCUGGUCUGGUGUUAUCUUCUGACUGCCCAGCAGACUGUUCCUGCCAGGCCCAGGACUCGAUAUUCUGCAUUCAACGACACUCCAACACUGUGCCCCGUGUCCCCACCACCACUCAAAAUCUCUACAUCUUCCAGAAUGGCAUUGACACUUUGUCCCAAGAUGACUUCAAAGGCCUGGGGGAGUUGGAGAUGCUAGACCUGAGCCAAAAUGAGCUUACAGAGAUUCCAGAUGGUGUGUUUGAGAUGCUGUCAAAGCUGAAGAACUUAGACCUGUCCUCUAACCACAUUACCCACAUUUCGAAAAACAGUUUUUCUGGGUUGGUCCAGCUGGAGAGGCUGUAUCUUUAUUCAAAUCGUAUUCAGAGCAUCCAUUCAGAAGCUUUUGGUGGUUUAGAGAUGCUACUGGAACUCAAGCUCCAAGGGAACCAGCUCACCUCUCUGCCAUCCCUUCAUUUUCCCAGGCUACUGCUUAUAGACCUCAGCCACAACAACAUCCCAGCCCUGGGACCCUCAGACCUCCAGACCCCUAACCUGGAGGCGCUUAAGGUGGCCUCUCUGGGCCUUACCUCUGUGGAUGAAGAUCUCAUAGCUUCCUUGCGGAACCUCCAUGAGCUCGACAUCUCUACAAACCAGUUAACUGAGGUUCCCCAGGCCCUAAAGCAGGACUCUCUUAAAGGACUGAUCAAGCUCAGCCUGGCUGCCAACCCAUUGGGAGAGCUCAGGGUAGAGGACUUUCAGAAACUGACUGGACUUCAAGAACUGGAUCUUAGUUCACUCAAUCUCCAGGGAUUUCCCCAGAGUUUCUUCCAGACUUUCCCCAGGUUGACACUCCUUACAGCAGCUGAGAAUCCAUUUAACUGUUUGUGUCCAUUAGCCUGGUUCCCUGUUUGGCUGAAAGAGAAAGAAGUAAAUCUGGGUAGGCCUGAGGAAACCAGAUGUCACUUCCCUCUAGUUAAUGCUGGGAAGAAGCUUUCAGCUUUGGAGCACAAAGAUUUUGGGUGUCCACCUACCACAACAGUGCCGAUUGGCUCCCCAAUUGGAAGUACUUCUGUUCCCCAAAUGCCCACCACAUCUCCAGAAACCACACAUACCAAUGCUAUUUCUCCUCCUCCUCCACCCAGUGAGGAAACCAUCCCCUCAAAAACCCCCUUCGUCCUUCUACCAGAACCUCCAGUCUCCCCUAGCUCCACCAGUGGGGAAUUCGAGCCGAACAUCUGCCCACCAAACAUCUGCCUCAACGGGGGUACUUGUUAUUUUGACCCACUGGCUGAACUUAGCUGUCUAUGUCCCCCAGGAACCUCUGGCCUCUACUGUGAAAAUGUGGAUGAGGUCCCGGAGCCACCAAAACCUUCAGAAACAGAAGUUUCAGUAGUUGCCCCUGUGAUGCCUGCUGAACUCGAUGCUAUCAGCUCACGGCAGGUGACAUCCACAUCCAUCCUUCUUGACCUGCAUCGCUUCAUCGAGACAAGGCCGCACAUCCGUGGAAUUACGUUGACCUACCGCAACCUUUCAGGGCCUGACCGCCGUCCCAUUAUCCUACGUGUACCUGCAACCUACCCUGAGUACACUUUGCGUGGUCUGAUACCCAACUGUACCUACUCAGUCUGUGCCAGUCCCUUGGGUGAAAGAAGCAACUCUAGGGCAAACAGCUCUGUAGAAACAGGUUCGUGUACAGAGGCUCGCACUGAAGGGGUGCCACUGACAUCCUUAGAGCCCAGGGUGAAAUCACAGAGCCCGCUGACAUACACUCUCAUCCCUGCUAUGGCUGCCCUGGCACUUGUGCUGGGGUUGGCCGUGGUGGCUGGGACAAUUAUCUGUGUGCGGAAGAGAAGGCAGGCCAAGGCAGGGAUGGAGCUGGAGCUUGGCCCAGCUGAUCCUGAUCCCAUGGAACUGGAGGGGAUAAAGGCCUGCCUGGAAAAUGGGGGAAAUGGUACACUUCCUCACAAACAGCCGGAGAUUGACCGCUGUCACACUCCUCAGCCACCUCCAUCUUUGCAGCAAAAUGGGGUUUUGGACUAUGAGGUACCUUUGAUGCAAGGACACUGCCCAUCAAAUAACAAUUUGGCAUCCCUGAAACCAUCAUAUUUCUAAGAUGCAAUAAAAUACAAACACUUUGUAAGAUUUUGCAGAGAGUGGGCUUGUCCAUCCGGACAUGUGAGGCCCCGCUAUGGCUCAAGUAGUGUUUAAAAAUCUAAUUUCCAUUCCAAUUUCAGAUAUCCACAAUUUGAAAAGUGGCACUUACUAUCCUUUGCUGUCCAAAUGAUAACACUAUAGACUGGAUAAUCUGUUUUACUGAAUGAUAAAUUUAAGAUUACAGCAUAUUGGAAUUGUGCUAAACCACUGUGGGACAAUGAUCAGGAUUUGGUUUUAAGUCAUCUAGCAGAGUUUGAUGAUGAUAAAACCUUACCAAGUGAUGAAACUAAGUGCAAUCGACUAGAAGGGUCUUAGUAGCAGACUGGAAGUGCCUUUUUGCAAUGACACAACUGUAACCGAUGGUUUAUACAAAUGAAACUAUGUGAAUGAGCUGUAAUCCUGUUGCUGGAUUUGGGGAGAUACAGUAUGGAGAAAAGUGCCCCAACACUGGGCUACAGAACUGGAGGAAGUGACAGUGGUUUGAAUGAAAACCGUCAUGCAGAUGUGUGAUGACUUGACCACACGUCACACCCAAAAUGGGUUUUCGACCAACUCCAACUGCUUCAUGGGGAUUAUGAAAAGAACUUGCACUGAAAAGAAAUAUUUAUUUUCCUUUACAGUGUCCCAGUCAUAAACUGCCACAAGACUGAUGGUCGCAUAAGGAAAUGCAAUAACAAAACUUUGAAAAAAAUAUUUUGCAAAGCUUAGUAAUAGGUUGAUGACCAUAAAAGCUGUAUAAAAUGUAUAUUUUGCUGUUGAUCUAAUGAUCUAAUCUGAAACAAAACUUUAAGUUUCUUCAGAUGCAGAUUUGGAUUCUUCAGUGUCAGCAGAUCAACCAUAAUUCUCUCCACACAUCCCAAAGCUUUUGGCUCUGUGGGAGAUACAUUUGCUGUGAAAGAUAAAUGGACUUAAUGGAGAGCCAUUGAGAAUCGACCUGGCCUGCAUUGUUCUGUGCUGUGAUGGGAAGGCUGUUCUGUCUAGCUUAUAUAAUGAUAUUCUGUUUUUGUCAUGAGUUUUUGUAUUUCUUUUUUUUUAGCUUUUUGCUGUUGCCUUCCAUUCAGUAUUGUUAUUGCUGUGAGCUGAAACAUUUUUAAUUGUUUUCCCUCAAAAAAGCCGACUUAAGUCUUCAUGGAUUCUAUAAUUUUCUAUCUGUAUUUUAGGAUACAUGUAGCCAAAACUUUCCAGAGUAUUUUGCAGUGAGUGCCGAAGUAAUACUUGAGACCAGCACAAUAACCAAUAAACAGUAAUCAAAUGAUAUUUUAAAUGUUUUAAUAAAAAAAAAUAAUUAAAACUCCUUACCUUUACGUCAUGUACAGAAUAUAUUUGUAUGAGGUUCACCAAAAUAUGUCUGAGGAACUCACCUAGUGAAUGUAACUUUAAGGUGUCAGACACUUUAUUGUCUAUGCCAGGUCUGCCAACACUACAUAAGGAUAAGCCACAGACCGACAAAACUCUGAAAACUGUGUUCAAAGGCCUUUUGCCACAAAGCCCACUCCUAUAAAGCAGCACACGCGUGCCGAGAAAAGAAAGUAAGUUCAAAGAGCUCGAAGGCAAUUUGCUGUAAGCGUCAGGGAGUUUAGGCAUUAGUUUCCUCUUGGCGCGGCUGACAGUAACGUUUCUGAGAUAUGGUCUAGAGUCUAGACAUUGUACCCCUAGAGUUUUUUUCUCUCACAUCCUCUCACUGGAUCUCUGUGCCUCCACUCUAACCAUCUAGUGUGUUUUGGUCAACAAGGAUUAUUGGCUUGUGUGUGUUUAGAGACUGUUUUGCUUGUUUUCAGCCAAGCAGACUGUGAAAUGUACAUGCUAAAUGCACAAUUCUGAUGUAUUUGUUCUCUUUUUCCUUUCCUGGGGCUGAGAUUGUCACAAGCUUUUAGUGUUAGUUUUCCUGUGUUUUGUCUUUUUCUUUUAUGAGAAAGAAUCUUAAAUUGCAAAGUAUAAAUAGGUUUACAGAGAAGUGCCUUAGCAACAUUGGUGCACAGCCUUACUGACAUCUUGUAGUUUCUUAUUACAUGCUGAUGUGUAUUUCAAGAACAAACAAGCCUUUAUUUUGCCUCACAGGACAUUGCAUUAUAUUGCAUUACACUCUGAUGAAGAAACAUGAAUGAAUGAAGAAACAUGAAAUGUAAUGUAAUCAAGUUAGUCUGAUUAAGAAAAAAAAAAAAAAAAAGACCUUCCUCAGUUCUUGGUUAUCUAACAGCCAAAAGCUUGGAAGACUGUGUUAUCAGUUAGUUUGUUCAGGUGUGUGUGUGUGUGCUUGUUUUUUCUGCUUACACUUACUACAGUACGUUUGUCUGCUUUAUAAUUGAGUCCAUGCUCGACACUCCAUCCACUGUCCAAAAUCAAUGUAUUAUUCUUUGGCUUCACUACUUUCUUCCUUCUGUCAAUAUUCCAGUAUAAACAUAGACGCAGAUGCUCAUAUAUCUGCUCUCUCUCAAUAUAUCAACUGGAAGACUCUCUGUAUUGCUUUCGACAGUGAGAGGAGCAGGAAAUGUUUGAAAUAUUUUCAACAUGCUUGUUAAAGAACCAUCCUUUUUUAUUUAGGGAAACGUCUUGUUUUUCUUAUAGGUUUGUGUUUGUGAAUUACAUUUUUGUUUAUGUGUUUGCCAGAAAAGCAAUGCUGAGAAAAAGAACAGUAUUAAAUUGAAUUAAUGUUAAAAA